AUGUCUCAUCUAACGCGACCUCUGAGCCGGCAACGGGAUCCACCCCCUUCAUUAUUCCUGCAUCCCUCCCCUUCAGCUUCAAGUGCCUCCUUAACAAAUGCUCACCCCCCGACUGUGCCUUUUAUAGGACAACAAUCGAACCUAAGGCCAAACGCUGAGCGUGCGCCGUCUGUCAAGUCUGGACGAUCCGGGACUGUUGUGCCCCAGCGUGCUGGGUUAUAUCCCGCGGAGAGCACCCGAGCAACUGGUGACCGCACCGAUCUUUUAUGGUCCGAAAUGCAAGCAACAUUGGAAGAAGUUGAGUUGUCAGCUUCCGGGGGGACUCACGUCUUUGGCCCAGACCAUGACAGAAAACUAGCUGAUCUGCGAGCCGCUCAGAUUGCUCUCGCUCAAGCCUGGGCACGAAGCGAAGCAGACGACGUUAUAGAAACAGCACAGCUUGAUCAUGUGGGAUCUGUCACUGGAUCCGAAGUUCGAAAUCUAAAAGGCGCAUUGGGAGACACGUCAAAGUCUGGUCUUGAAGGCACAGAGAAGAGCGCAGUUGGAAGCAGCAGCAUUUCGCGGCCUAACAGCAGCGGUACCGGGGUAGAGAGGCUGGGUCACAAGCUUGAAGAGGAGACUGAAGUAGACAUUCUGUUAGCAAGGAAACGACGAGAAGCCAAUGAUCGUUAUUUCCAGCGAGUCAAUCAAGGAGUAAUUGAUGUCGUGACGCGACUAGAAGAUGUUGCAGUUGCUAUGAGGGCCGUUGAACAGGAGAGCAAAGAAGUCUGGAGUGAGAACGACAGUGUUCCUGGAGUCUUGAGAACAUGA